AUGGCCACUUGUGACAUAUUGAAAGAUAAUGGUGCCUUCCAUUACGGUAUUGGCAACAGCCAAUUUGAGCUGCCGAUCGAGUUCCUCCUGUGUCCGUCUAGCCAGGGUCAUGAGCCUGUGACAACGGGUCUACCAAACGUAUCAUCAAGUCUGUCUUUCACAACAAGACCCGAUGAGCAUGACGCCACUAGAUACUGUGCGCCGAAUCUUGACUCCACCCAUCAAAGUCUUUUGACGGGCGGUGAUGGGAGCUUCGACCCAAUGGCUCAUGCCAAAGACAUAGACAUCCCCGACUUCAUAUCUACCGGAAUAUGGACCAAGGACGUCCCGACCCAGAUAUCGCAAGACGGCACAGCGGAGGGUCACAAUGUCAGAAAUAACCAGCAAGAAAUAAAAGACGGUAGUCAAAAAGACUUGGUAGAGGUCAAGUUGCGGUCAGCAUCCCACAAGCCAAAGCACUUCCGUUCAAAGCCGGCAGUCUCUCCAGGUGUCGAACAAGCGCGCAACUGCCACAACAAAGUGGAGAAGCAGUAUCGAGCCCGCUUGAAGAAACGUUUCGAAAGGCUGCUCGCGGCACUACAAGUGCCGACAUCAUCGCAAAAUGUGGAUGGGAUUGCAAUUGGCUCACUUGAUGACAGUUACUACUAUAGCAGAGGAGAGGUGUUGGAUCUCGCGACGGAGCGAAUUUUGAUACUGAAGGAGGAGAAUGAAAGGCUCACUCGCCGAGCCCAAGCGUCGUCGAUUUAUGUUUCGAAGUAG